AUGAAUAUGGAACAUAUAUCGGUGUCACAACCUUACAUCCGUGACAUUCAACGACAAGUUUUGAGAACAGAGGCCGCCUUACGCCACAAGAAGCGUGAAAACUCUCUAUUGGCACUCCAUAUUCAACAAAUCGAUUCAAAAUGGGAGUUACACAAGGCUGAGAUGAGCUUGAAGGAGAAAACAUGGCAAGGCGAAUUCACCUCUAUUCAAAUGAGCUUAGCUACAACCCGACAAAGAAUGACAAGCGAAAUCAUUCACUUCCCACAAUACCCUAGGCGACGACACGACAAUGGAAAAAUGGAUCUUACAAUUAGACAGAUACUUGAUCUGCAAGAAAGCGAUUUCAGUUUUCGCAUGCACACUAUACAUAAUUUUAAAAAGUGUCAAAAACAAGAGCUUAGAAAGUUGAAGGGUCGUUUCAAGUCAUGGAAAAAGGAGUUUAAAGCUCGAUUACAAGAUAUAAAGAAAACAAUUAACAGACUUGAUGAUGCUCGUAUGACAAAAAAAAAUCACAAAAGAUGUUGGGUGGCUUAG